GUCUAACCUUCAGCCUAAAGAAGGAACACACUUUCUUUCCAAAAUUAUUAGGCAAAACGUUCUAAAAAAAUUUGAUCUAUCUGUCUUCUCCUCACUCUCCACUCACUCAACUAAAAAGCUAAAGUGACGUGCGCAAGGGCGGACUAACCCGGAAACCAGAGUCCGUGUAACCCGAAGAUGGCCUCCGCACGCAUGAUAAACGCUUUUACCCGCAAUCGCAGCAUGUACAGAAGCUUGCAGGGCGUCUGGAAGUCUUACGAUUUGUUCGCAGAACCCCUCUUAAACCAUAAUCACAAUUUUCAAGUGAUGAGGGGAUUGGCAGGUACUGCGGAGAAAUGCGACAGCAAGACGGUGAUCAAGGGCGUGGUGGUGGGCGUGUAUUCAAAGGAGGGCGAUGGAAAGGAGGCCAAGAUGACGUCCAGCGGCGAGAAGUUCGACGACCGAACGCAGGGCAAGGUGUCGGAGCUGCUGCGCGAAACUGGCAUCAAGGGGGAUCUGGGCAAGGGUAAGGUCUUCAUGAACGUGGACGCCGAGUUCCGGGCAGUGGCUGUGGUGGGUCUGGGCCAAGAGGGCGCCGGCUUCAACGACCUCGAGAACAUUGACGAGGGCAUGGAGAAUGCCCGCGUGGCCGCCGGCGUGGGAGCUCGUGCCCUGCAGCUUCAGGGCUGCACGGAGGUCUUCGUGGACUCCAUGGAGUAUCCGGAACAGGCGGCGGAGGGCAGUGCGCUGGCCAUUUGGCGCUAUAACAGCAACAAGCGGAAGCAGGAUCGCACUCUGGUGCCCAAGCUGGAUCUCUACGAUUCGCCGGAUGUCGAUGCCUGGACGCGGGGUCUGUUCAAGGCGGAGUCACAGAACUUGGCCCGGCGACUGAGCGAUGCGCCGGCGAACCAGAUGACACCGACCAUUUUCGCCCAGUCUGCGGUGGAUGCCCUGUGCCCGUGCGGCGUUUCCGUGGAGGUGCGCUCCAUGGACUGGAUAGAGUCGAAUCACCUCAACUCGUUUCUGAUGAUCGCCAAGGGAAGCUGCGAGCCGCCGGUGGUCCUGGAGAUUAGCUAUUGCGGCACUGCGCCGGAGGACAGACCCAUACUGUUGCUGGGCAAGGGAUUGACCUACAACAGCGGCGGUCUGUGCCUGCGGCCCAAGGACUGCCUGCACAUGUAUCGGGGUUGCAUGGCCGGAGCAGCGGUUUGUGUGGCCGCCAUUCGAGCUGCGGCGGCUCUGUCGCUGCCCGUAAACAUCUCGGCCGUGCUGCCGCUCUGCGAGAACAUGCCCUCCGGCAUGGCUGUGAAGCCGGGCGAUGUGGUCACCCUGCUGAAUGGCAAGACGCUGGGCAUCGUGGAUGUCAGCAAGGCCGGAACGGUUGUGAUGGCCGAUCCCCUGCUCUUUGCCCAGACCACCUAUAAGCCGCGUCUGGUUGUGGACCUGGCCACCGUGGGCUACGGCGUGUGUGCUGGCCUUGGCGAAUCUGCUGCCGGAAUGUUCACCAACUCCAACUUCAUAGCCAAGCAGUUCGAGAAAGCAGGCGGCCUCACGGGUGACCGGAUAUGGCGUUUGCCCCUGUGGCGCUACUUCAAGCAGCUGGUGACCCCGAAUCUCACGUUCGACAUUAGCAACCGGGGGCAUGGUCCCGCCUCUAGUUGCAUUGCCGCCGCCGUGCUGCACGAGCUGGUGCCGUGCGCGGAUUGGGCCCACAUCGACAUCCGGAAUGUGGGCAUGCUGACGCGCCACAAUCCGCUGCCGUAUCUGCUCAAGGAUCGGAUGACCGGACGACCCACCCGCACCCUCGUACAGUUCCUUUACCAGAUGGCCUGUCCGGAUAGCAAGUGAUCUCCGGAUCUGGAUCGUCCGCACCUAAGUCGCUAGAUUCCACGAUUUUCGUUUCAUUUUUCUUCUGUUUUGUGUCCGAGAAUUGGUGUUAGUUCUUUUUCUUAUCCAGUCGCCAUGUCCAUGGAUUGUCUAAAUUUGUUGUUUAGAGUUACAUGUGCAGCGGGGGCAUCCGGAGGAUGAAACCCUUUUACGGAAAACGGACCUAUAAAACUUUUAUUGUUCGAAUGAGCGUAUCCAAAACUGCACAUAAUUAAACGGCUUAAAAAAACAA